UCGCGAAUAUAUAAUUGCAGAUUUUUGAAUUACUCGCAGUUGAGAGCAGUUGGGAGGAGAACAAUGAAGUAUCUUUGUUUGGUCCUAUUGGCCACGUCAGUUGUAGGUCAGUUCACCGAGCAUCUCUUCCGAAAUUGGGUACAGGAUCAGAAAAGUACUAACUUCAUUGUCUCGACACUAUGCGUCGAAGUUGGUAUGAGCAUGCUCCUCAUGGGGGCGGAGGGAAACACAAAGGAUGAGCUAAGGAGAGCACUGGUCCUUCCAGAAAACAAGAACGAAGUAGCCAAAAUAUACGACAAGCUUUUGACUAACCUCGAAAAGCGAAAGAAGGUGGCCAUGCUCCACAUUGCGAAUCGUCUGUUCGUCAACGAUUCCUAUGGAAUUAAUAGAAACUUCAAUAAGCUUCUGAAGAAGUCGUUCAGAGCGGAGGUAGAGGCGAUCGAUCUGACCGAUCGAUCGAAGGCAGCAUGGACCAUCAGCGAUUGGGUGCUUGAUCAGACCCUCGAUAGCGUAAAAGGUACAAUCACACCCGGCGACUUGAGAUCCGGAGAAAGUGCGAUCCUUGUGAACGCCGCUUUCAUCAAGGGCUACUGGAAGACUAGGUUUGAAAAAAGGAGCACCAAACUCACGACAUUCCAUGUAUCUGCUGCCCAGAAAGGGUUGGUGCACAUGAUGUCUUGUGUGGGUAGAUUUAAGAUGCGAACUUCGGACCAUGACAAAAUCAUUGAGCUGCCUUUCGCCUACUCCAACCUUUCCAUGAUAGUCGUUCUACCCAAAAGUAAUGGGUGUCUCAGAAGGGCAGAAAAAACAAUCGAAAGGUUUUCCGAGACCCUAAGUGAAGUGCAAGUGCAUUUGCAACUGCCCAAAUUUAAAAUCGAAUUUCGCACAGAACUCGUCGAUACUCUUAAAAAGAUGGGAAUAAUCGAUCUCUUUACCAACUCCUCGGACCUCAGCGGCCUGCUGACGGAGACUGGUACCAGAGUUAGCCAAGUCGUGCACAAAGGCUUCAUAGAGAUCAACGAGGAGGGAGCCUCGGCUGGAGCAGCACUCGCAGGGACUGCGCAGGGUUUAUCAGACUAUCCGGGGUCGGUAUAUUCUUUUAGAGCCGAUAGGCCGUUUGUCUUUUUAAUUCGCGGUAAGAAUACCGUUUACUUCCGGGGACGCGUCGUUGAUCCACGGAGUACAUCUUAAAAAACUAUAAAAUUGGAAAAGAAAACGGAAGCCUGAAGAUAGAUGUUAAUGAUUAAAACAAAGUUUUUUCCACACUUUA